AUGGAAGUCCGAGAUUCAAUAUAUUGCUUUGAAAUAGCGAGGCGAUCAGUUGGCAGAGCCGCCUUGCAUUUGGGGAUUGAAAACAUGUCGGAGACUGCCUUGGACGUCAUGGCCGAUGUCCUGUUAAACUAUCUGCAUCGAGUGGGUCGUUCUUUGAGUCAUUUAGCAGAAACCAAUGGCCGCACCAGUGCUCAUGUCAACCUAUUGGAUGCUCUUCGUGCGUGUGAAAUGGAGGCAGCACCCGCCGUCCAACAAAUGCAUUUGAGAGAUCCCAAUACGGACGAUUCUCUCUAUCACAAACCCAACGUGGCCUCAAACUCUCAAAGCUUGAUGAUCAAUGCCAAUAGCAGAGACUGGAAAGGGCUUGCAUGCUUUUUGUUUGGACCCAAAUGGCUGGAAGACGAUGAGAAACAACCUGUUGAGCAAGUCGCUCAGGCAUCCGCUGGAGGUGGCAAACAGUUUCCAAAGGCGGCCGAAUCGAACAAGGCACAGGGAUGGCAGGCACCUUAUCCGGACGAAAUUCCACACUUUCCACAAGCCAGUGAGACUUGUGCCAACCCACACCCAUUGGCCGCGAAGCAAAUCCUCUCGCUCCACUCGGCCGCAGAAGAUGAUGGCAACUUGCAAACAGUAGAAGAUGAGGAGGCUGCACUUCAAGGCAUUCCCGAUAAUGCCUUUCUUGAAUCGUCCUGGGGUAGUAUGACGGCCAAGAAGCGAAAAUUGGAAGACGAGGAUGUGGUCAUGGCGGAAGCUGCUGACACGGAACAAAGUCCUGCAACAAAAAAGACCAAACUGAAUGACGGCACUGCCGAUGCCGCCGCCGCCGCCAAGCCAGACGAAAGCGCCGAGAAGGAAAAUAGUGACGAAGACAAACCCAAGGAAGAAGAAAGUAAGGAGGCUGUCGAGGAAAAACCGGAUUCACACCCACAUGUGCCGUCCUUUUAUCCACAACCGCCUUCCUUCAUUGGCAAUGGGCAAGAAGGAUCCAUCAAGGUCCUCGAUGUGGAUCCCACUGCCGAAGGACCAGCCUCAGAAGACAAGGCUGAAUAUUCGCACCAAGUCCGAUCGUCUUUGGUACAAUUGGGAUCCUAUUGGGGCUCAGGAUGGGAUGGCGAGCCAAAUACCAAACUGGCCGUGCCUGUGGGACGGGUGGAAGCUCAACCUAUGUCCUCUUCGAUUGUGCCGUUGGGAAGGGCCAGCGGUUCUCGCGUGAGUCGAAUCCUGGAGGGAUCGCUGGAUGCUGCCGCCAUGCAAUAG